CGUUUCGCGACUCCAGCUUUUCGCCGGUCAGCGUUGGUUAACUUGAGGGGAGGGGUUCGAAGCGUCGUCUCCCAGUUGUUCCAGGCAACGAACCGGGGGGUCGCAGCCCAAAUACGAGGGCCCCGGCCGAAAGGGCCUGCUGAGCCACUUUGCUCUCCGACACGAGUCCCACCAAGCCACGGCGGUCACCUCGAAGCGCCUGGUUUUGCUCGAUUGAGCCCGCAAAUUUCGAUUCCCCUUUUGCUUGCCGAAAACGAGCCCAUUUCGAGCCAAGAAAAGAGGUCACGCGUUCCGCAGUCUGUCGAAACAAUCUGCGAUACUCUGGUGGAGAACGGAACUGAGCGGCCAGCGACCGGUGAUCCUCGCGCCGCGCUGCGCCCCGUCUCAACUCCCAAUUUGCCAUCAUGGCGCAGCCGCGGUACUAUUCAGAAGACGACAUGGCCGAUGAGCGCCAGCCCCUGGGUGCCUCGAUCCCGCCGUCUCCUCCCCGCCAUCGGCAACAAUACCAGCAACAGCAACCGUACAGAUACCCACCAGACCGCUACGCUCCGCCGUCGCAUUUUCGGCCCGGAGCCCACCCCGACUCGUCGUUCGAAAGACUGCGCGACCAAAGACGAUACAGCCAGGAGCCCGCGAUCGGGCCGCGGGGCGCCCCUGCACCGUACGCUACCGCCGCCAACGCACCCAUCGGCCAGGGACAAGCAGACGCCGUGUCGCCCGUGUCUCCACUCCAAGAGUCCCCACAGCGCGACCCGGACGGACGCUACUGGGGCCAGGGGACCUCGUAUCCGCCGCCUGUCCAGCGCCGACUUUCUCACCAGAGCACCGUCACCCCAGGCUCCGACAACUUCAGCAACGCGGCUGCCGGGGGCGUGGCCGGGAUCGCCCUGAGCGUCGCAGAACAGAACGCCCGGGAAAGCGGCCUCAACGCAAUACACGGCUAUCAAGGCCAAGAACCAGGACCAGCACCAGGACAAGCGUACGGCGAUCGAGGCAUGCUGUCGCCCCACGACCACUACACGCCCGACAGGAAUUCACACUCCAGCUUACAAGCCCUGAACGCCGCGGCCCCGGGCCCCGGGUACUCGACGCCGGGGCAGCGGACGUCGGGGAUAGGCGACAUCUAUAUGGAUGAUCCUUACCAGAACCUCUCGCGCCACCAGGACUCGACGCUGGGCAUCGUCAACCCCAACGACAUCGCGGACGACGGCGACGACGGGCUCGAAUACGGCCGGAGAGGGCCGCGGACUAGCAUGCUCAGCCUCGGAUCCAGCCACAAGGGCCGCGACGGCGCCGCUGCCGCGGGCGGGGCGGCCGCCGGCGGGGUGCUGGGAGGCCUGAUCGGCCGGAACGGGAGCGGGAACGUGAGCAACCAGUACGCCCCGGUGAACAACGGCGUCAUCAGCGACCGCGCCUCCGGAGGGUCGGGAUCGGGAUCGGGAUUCGGACCAGGUUCCGGACCAGGUUCGGGAAUGGGAGCCGCAGGCGUGUACAACGCCGCCCCCGUCGGCGUCGGCGUCGGCAGCGAGAAGGCCGCUUGGCAAGCUGCAGGCGUAUCCAAGAGCAGCACCCGCGGCAAGAAGUGGAGGAUAGCGAUCAUCGUGCUCGUCCUGCUCGCCAUCAUCGCGGGAAUCGUGCUCGGCGUCCUAUUCGGCGCCGUCUUCAAGGGCAAGCGCGUCGGCAGCGACAACAGCGGCGGCUCGUCGUCCGACACGGCGACGGCCGCCGGCGACACGCAGGCGAACGGCGACCUCGGCGCCGACUCCGCCGAGAUCCAGGCGCUCAUGAACAACCCGAACCUGCGCAAGGUCUUCCCGGGCAUCGACUACACGCCGCUCAACACGCAGUUCCCGGCCUGCCUCUCCAACCCGCCGUCGCAGAACAACGUCACGCGCGACCUGGCCGUGCUCUCGCAGCUGACCAACGUGGUGCGGCUGUACGGCACGGACUGCAACCAGACCGAGAUGCUGAUCCACGCGAUCGACCGGCUGAACCUCAAGGGCAAGGUCAAGAUCUGGCUGGGCGUGUGGCAGGACAACAACGCGACCACCAACGAGCGGCAGCUGAGCCAGAUGUGGAACAUCGUGGACAAGUACGACGCCGAAUACUUCAUGGGCGCCAUCGUGGCCAACGAGAUCCUCUUCCGGCAGCAGAUGACGGUCACGCAGCUGGGCGAGCUGCUGGACGAGGUGCGGACCAACAUGACGCGGCGCGGCCUCUCGCUGCCCGUGGCGACCAGCGACCUGGGCGACAACUGGACGCCGACGCUGGCGAGCCAGAGCGACGCCAUCAUGGCCAACAUCCACCCCUUCUUCGCCGGCACCAAGGCCACCGAGGCGGCCGACUGGACCAUGUACUUCUGGGGCAACAAGACGGAAGGCUUCCUCAAGAAGGACAAGUCCAUGAACAUCAUCUCCGAGACGGGCUGGCCGUCGCAGGGCGGCACCGAUUGCGGCACCGACCAGAUCACCGUCUGCCCGGACGCCGCCGUCGCCGGCAUCGACGAGCUCAACACCUUCAUGGCCGACUUUGUCUGCCGCUCGCUCGACCAGGGCACCAACUACUUCUGGUUCGAGGCCUUCGACGAGCCGUGGAAGAUCCAGUUCGACACGCCCGGAAAGGAGUGGGAGGACCACUGGGGCUUGCUGACCGUCGACCGGAAGCUGAAGGACGGGGUCAACAUCCCGGACUGCGGGGGGAAGCGCGUGUCGGAGUUUUCAUAG